CUGCCCCAAACAAUCUACAUGAUACACCUCCAGUUCAAGACGCAAGAAUAUAAUUAUUUUCAUUUAGAAUCACGCACACAGCAUCUGAAGAGUCGCAACCGUAUAAGUUGGCACCACAAUGCUUCUCGACGAGCCGCCAAACGAUCUUAUCCACAAAUGCACGCAAUCAUUCCACAUUGACCCAGACAAACUCUCUCUGGCUAGGAUACGCGAUUCACUGUCCACUUUGCAGUCAUCGCGAACACACCGUUUACAAGCUCAACGGCAGAACCUCAAAGCUCUUAACCGACAGCUGUCUACUCUCCAGUCGACGUACGCACUCACGGUUCAGUCGCACAACCCUACAGAGCACGCAGCGGAGAUCUUGAGACUAGAUACCGAAAAGUUCAAAAUUGCGAAAGAGGCUAGCCAGUUGGAGACGGAGGGUGAGCGGCUCGAAGGCGAACUGGAAAGGACACGACAAGCGCUGGAAGAGGUUGAGGCCCAAGGCGUAGAAGGCGGGGAAGCUGUGAGGAGAAUAGAGGGCAUGGAUGAUGAGACCUUGCUCAAGCUGAAGGUCUAUCGGCUGCUAAACAUCGACGUCGAGCCGGACGCGGAGACGGGGCUCUACAACAAGGCCGUGAUUCGGAACGCACAUAAGGGAGAUGUGCAUGUGGUCAAUAUCGAUCCGAAACUGUCGAGAUACUUCUAUGCAAAUUAUUUCUGGAACACCAUGUAAAUUGCCCCAAGCGGGCUGCGGAGUUUUGGGAGUAAACAAUGACUUGGGAGAUACCACAGGGUUCACGAAUUAUCGGUUUAGAAACAGGUACACUCAGAAGUUUUGAAAUGAAAACGCAAUGAGUGUGCGUUGCAUAUAAUGAGACGUCCAGUUUAUGCUCUCUGUGAGAUGACGGUGACCUUUAGUGUGUGCUUUCUUUUACAACAUGGCUUCAAUCUGCUCUGUCAGACCGACUUUAUCCCAUACUCAUGCACAAAAUAGGGCAUCGGUUUUAAAAAUGCAUGACUAUUAUGGCAGCUCAAUAAAACCAUGUCCUUCUAUCUCAAAGCAGG